UUUUGUUGUAACUGAGAGAAAGAGCGUUUAGGGUUUCUCUGUGUCUGAAGAGCGAAGCGGAGCUGCCACAUUUCCUUUGCAUUUGCAGACCAAACAUGGCUGACAAAGCUGUCACCAUCCGAACCAGGAAGUUCAUGACCAACAGGCUUCUCUCCAGGAAGCAAUUCAUUGUUGAUGUUCUUCAUCCUGGGAGGGCUAAUGUGUCCAAGGCUGAGCUUAAGGAAAAGUUGGCAAGGUUGUAUGAUGUGAAGGACCCUAACACUGUAUUUGUCUUCAAGUUUCGGACACAUUUUGGAGGCGGCAAAUCCACUGGUUUCGGUUUGAUCUAUGACUCACUCGAAAAUGCCAAGAAGUAUGAGCCUAAGUACAGACUUAUCAGGAAUGGUCUUGACACUAAGGUAGAAAAGUCAAGGAAGCAGUUGAAGGAAAGGAAGAACAGAGCCAAGAAGAUCCGGGGUGUGAAAAAGACCAAGGCUGCUGAUGCUGCCAAGGCAGGAAAGAAGAAAUGAGUUUUGAGACACCAUGUUUCAAUUUUAAGUUUAUUUUGCUAUCGGUGUUUUCAAAUAGCUAUGAUCUUAUUCUAUUUCCAUAGAGUGAGAUAUUUUGGUGUUAGCAUCAGAUCCUUUUUGUAAUUCAUAUUCGAUUAUAACUUAAGACUGAGAGUCCUAGCAUUGAACAAUUUUGAGAACUCAUUUGAUUGUCUUUUGCUUUCA